AUGGGAGCCUUUAGUCGUCUAAAGAAAUCUUGGUCACAGAGCAAUUACGAUACUUUAAAGAGCCGUAAUAAUGGUGGUGGUCCAUCUAAGAAUAUCAAUACUCAUGCUACCGAACCAAAUUUAAAGAAUAACCUUGAUAAUGAUGAAGAUGUGCUACCACCUAUUACGCUCAAUGGAUAUUCUCCUGGUACGAAGAGAAGACUAUUAACGCCCGAAAUGUGUGAUGAAAUUAGAACAUUAAUGCCUACUAGAAUACAACUUUACACGGAUUGGAACCUACUGUACAGUUUGGAACAACAUGGAUCCUCUUUACAAUCGCUUUAUCAUAAUGUAACACCCAAGAGUAAAUCACCAAUGAGAGUUGGCUAUGUGCUUGUAAUUAAGGAUAGUAAGCAGGGAAUUUUUGGAGCGUAUAGUAAUGAACCAUUCCAUCCAACAAGUGAUAGAAGAUACUAUGGAAAUGGCGAAUGUUUUCUUUGGAAAAUGGAAAAAGUGCCGAAUUUAACUAUUGGUUGUGAUGGUAAAACAAAGACUAAUAUUGAAAACGGUAAUGAACACAAAUGGCAAUUCAGAGGUUACCCAUUCACAGGACUAAACGAAUUUGCCAUUUACUGUCAGUCGGAUUUUCUUUCAAUGGGAGCUGGUGAUGGUCACUAUGGACUUUGGUGUGAUGAUAAUCUAUUUCACGGUGUAUCAAAUCCAAGUUUAACUUAUGGUAACGAUGUGCUGAGUCGAGAAGGUAAUAAAUUCCAUAUCACUGCCUUGGAAGUAUGGAAAGUUGGGUAA